AGAGAGGCUCGCACAACAGAUUCUUACCCUAAAGAUUAGACUUAUGGCCAUCACUCAACCAGUGGACUUCCACCUUAGCAUUCAGAGAGGCUUGCACGAGUUAUACAUCUAGUCGCUUCAAGUUUCUAAGUUCCGUUCGGGCUUGCGGGGUUUGGGUUCGCGAGUACCAAAUUCCGAUCAGGUACCCAGCACAAAGACUUGUUAGAUUGUCUUCAUUGCGAGAAUUUUGAAGCGCUAAUUCGUGUCUUUCUCACACCCGAAACAGGAGCGGGAGAGAUUUCGGCAAUCCCAAGGCUUAGGGUUCCUACUCAAACCCUCCCUGACCGAGGGGAAACACACCUGAAGCAGCUAUUUUCGAGACUUCUAGAACAAAACAUCAGGUCUCGCAGUUAGGGUUUGGUGUCGCCGCUGCGUCAGCUCAGACGACGCCUUUGUUACAGAUCGCAAAGAGCGAUCAAGCAUUCACGUCUCACAGGGAGCGAUCUAAAGCCAGGGAGCGAUCUAAAUCCAGGGAGCGUGUUAAAGCCAGGGAGCGUUCUAAAUCCAGGGAGCGAUCUAAAGCCAGAGGUCGCUCUAAAGCCAGGGAGCGAUCUAAAUCCAGGGAGCGUUUUAAAGCCAGGGAGCGAUCUAAAGCCUACCCUGAUGUCCGAAGCCAGUGAAAAUCAGGGAAGUAUAGAGAUUCAAGGAAUAACAGGGAGCGGAGAGGGUCAUGAAGGGGUGGAGAGGAAGGAGGGAGAGAUGAAGGAAGGGAUAGAGGAGGACGCGAGAGAGGGAGGAGGAGGGGUGAAUGGGGGAAAGGAGGAGGAGGAGGAGUGGCAGCAAGCGACAAGGCAACGGUCACGAUCAGGUGUGCAGCAGCAGCGAGGGGGGGGAGGAGGAAGAGGAGGCAGGGGGGAAAGAGGACGAGGGGGAGGAAGAGGAGGAAGGGGGGAGAGAGGAUGGGGAGUUGGUGGGAGAGGAUGGGGGCAAAGAGGGCAACAGGGGCAGCAGAGGAGCCCACAGCCACGUCAGCAGCCGUACAGGCAACAACAACACCAACAACAGCAGCAGCAACAGCAGCAGCAGCAGCAGCAGCAACCGGGGUUGCAGGGGCAGAGGACGUUUCAACAUUCUCCGCAGCAGCAGCAGCAAAGAACACAGCUGCAGCCGCCACAGUUUCAGCUAGAUCAACAGAAUCAACAGCCGCAGCAAGAAUCAAGUGGGCAGCAGCCGCAGCAGCCACAGCAAGGGGCCCCUCCCUCUGCUUGGAAACGCCAUGUAUGGGGUCAACCUGUGGAGCAACCACCGCUGGCAGCACAGCAACAGGUAGCGCAGCAACAGGCAGUAGCACAACCAGAAUCACUAGCACAGCAGCCACAACAGCCACAGCAGCCACAGCAGCCACAGCAGCCACAGCAGCCACAACAGCCACAGCAGCCACAGCAGCCACAGCAGCCACAGCAGCCACAGCAGCCACAGCAGGGGACCCCUCCCUCUGCUUGGAAACGUCAUGUGUGGGGUCAACCUGUGGAGCAACGACCAGCAACACGGCUAGAGGGAGCAGCGCAAGCACAGGCAGCAGCACUGCCGCAGCAGCAGCAGCAGCAGCAGCAGCAAGGGGUCCCUCCCUCUGCCUGGAAACGCCAUGUGUGGAGUCAACCUGUGGAGCAACCGCCACUGGCAGAUCAGCAACAGGCAGUAGCAGCACAACCACCACCAGCAGCACAACCACCAGCAGCAGCACAACCAGCAGCAGCAGCACAACCACCUGCUGCAGCACAACCACCAGCAGCGGCACAACCAGCAGCAGUUGCAGAGCCAGUGGCCGCAACAGAACCAGAGGCGGCAGCGCAGCAACAAGCAUCAGCACACCCAGUCGAGGUGCCGCCACAGAUCGCAGCACAGGCACAGGUAGCAGCUCAGGCACAGGUAGCAGCACAUGCUGCAGAUGGACAACAGAAUCACACAGAUUCUUCAGGAGCAACUGGGACGGACGUGACUCUACCAGUUGCCGAUGCAGAAGCUGCAGUGGUAACAGCAACGACGGCUAGUACAGAGACGCAAGCAACAACUGGUGCUGUUGACGCUAUAAGUACUCCCAGCCUUGCUGCUGCAGCUGCUGCUCCUCUCGCUACAACUGCUCCUGGUGCUGCUACAACUGCUUCUCUCGCCGCAACUGCACUUGGUGCUGCUACAACUGCUCCUGCUCCAGCUGCUUCUGCUUCUGCCACACCUGCAGUCCGUGCUCCCCCAUCUCCCUCCGCUUCUGCUGCUUCUCCUCCUCCCUCACAACCAGUCAAGAUGGUUCCCAAGUCCUGGGCUUCGCUCCUGGCCUCAAAGCAGCCGCAGCAGCAGCAGCAGCUGCUGCAGGGGCAAGUUAGCCAGGGUCAGAUACAGCCUGGUCACGUGCUGGCCCUUGCUGCCAAAACAUCACCAUCACCAUCAGAUGCUGCGGCUGAAACCCAUGUGGCUUUGCGAACAGAACAUGUGGAAGGCGCCACUGCCACAGCAGCUACUACUGCUUCCACUGCUUUUGCUGCUGCUGCCACUGCCUCUGCUGCUGUUGUCACUGCUUCUGCUGCUGCUGUCCCUGCUAUCGCAAGGGAAGAAUGGCAUGCGCAGCACUUACUUAUUGUAGACCCAGCUGAUGGUGCAGUGCCGGUUGUAGGAGCUGCAACAGCCUCAACGCCAGCUGUCACCGAGUUACCAGCGAAACCAGGUGCAGACGCAACAGCAGCAACAGCAGCAGCGCCACCAGCAGCGCCACCAGCAGCAACGGCAUCAGCACCAACAGCGGAAGCACCACCAGCAGCAGCAGCAGCAGCACGAGCAGUAGCACCAGCAGCAGUAGCAGCAGCACCAGGCUCACCAGCAGCAGCAGCAAUGGCGCCAGCAGCACGAUCACCACCCCCACCAGCAGCAGCAGCACCUGCUGCAAUCUCUGCACCGUUGGGUUCCCGAGCCCUGGUGGGGCGAGCAGCAGUGGCCAUCGCGCCCAGAGGUCUGGUGAACAGAGGAAACCUCUGCUUCCUCAACUCCACGCUGCAAGCGCUCACCGCCUGCCCUGCCUUUGCCCACCUGCUGAGAGACAUCUCAGCCUCAGUUGCACCUCAACUCCUGACCCGUCAUUCCGCUCUGAAGGCGCUCGUUGACUUCUGGAAGGAGUUCGAGGUGCCGAUCAAGCCUUCUGUUAAUGCUCCAGAGUCCAUAACUGCAGGAGGCUUGUCAGCUGGCACACCUGAAAUGCUAGGAGGGGUGGCUUUAGCUGGAGCAGGGGCGGGGGAUACGGGGGCUUGGGGGAGGGUUGGGGGGAAGGCAGGUGGAAGAGGAAAGGGGGGGAGAGGCGCAGGAGGGGGAGGGAUGGGAGCAGGAGCAGGGGCAGGGGCAGGGGCAGGGGCAGGGGCAGGGAGAGUGGUCACAGCAGGAAAGCCCGCAGGAGCAGGAGGGAUAGCUGGCUCGGCUGCCACUGCUGUCGCUCCUGGUGCUGCCGGUGCUGCUGGUGCUGGUGGCAGCACACGAGGAGCUGUUUCGUUUGCAUCUGCGCUUUCAGCAAGGGCAGCAUCAGCAGUGGCAGCAGCAGCAGCGGUGGAUGAGGCAGUGACGCCGGUGGCAGUGGGGCGGGCUGUGCUGCCGUCAAUGUUCGAAGGGCUGCUGUCGCAGUUCAACCCGCAGCACCACAGGAACGGGGUUCACCUCAGGCAAGAGGACGCCCAGGAAUUUCUGACCUUCCUCACUGACCGCCUGCACGAGGAGCUCAUUAAAGUCACAUCUCAGCUCAGUCACAGUGGCGCCGGGCGAGGAGGGGGAGCAGGAGCAGGAUCCGCAGCAGGAACAGGAGGAGGAGGGGGAGAGGGAGGGGGAGGGGAGGAAGGCGACCCAGAGGAAUGGCAGACGGUGGGGCCGAAGCAGCGGGCCGCAGUGACCAGAACGCAUGCAGUGCAGUCGUCGUGUCUGAGCGAGAUAUUCGGAGGGCAGCUCAGGAGCGAAGUGCGGUCGCCAGGUGCUGACGGUGCAGUAGUGAUACUUGGCAGUAGUGGUAGAGGUGCUGACGGUGCAGUAGUGAUACUUGGCAGUAGUGGUAGACGUGCUGACGGUGCAGUAGUGAUACUUGGCAGUAGUGGUAGAGGUGCUGACGGUGCAGUAGUGAUACUUGGCAGUAGUGGUAGACGUGCUGACGGUGCAGUAGUGAUACUUGGCAGUAGCAGCAAGCCGUCAGCCACAGUGCAGCCCUUCUCCCUGCUCCAGCUGGACAUAGCAUCGGAUCGAAUCAGAUCUGUGGAGGAGGCUUUGAAAGCGUUUGCUGCUCCCGAGGUGGUUGAAGGGUACCGCCCGAGCAAUGCCAAGCCCAACGAGACAGUGUUUGCGUCCAAGACAGUCAAGAUCUCAGUCCUCCCGCACGUGCUCGUCCUUCACCUCAUGCGCUUCUCCUUCAGCCACACAAGCGCCGGCAGCGUCAAGAUCCAUAAGCCAGUCUCCUUCCCGCUCUCCCUCACUCUCUCGCGCGACCUCCUCUUCUCCUCCUCUCCCUCGGUCGAGGAUCGACGCUACUCUCUCUUUGCCACAGUGGUGCAUCAAGGCAGGGACCCCUCCUCUGGCCACUACACGGCCGACGUUCGCCAGCCGGACGGCACCUGGCUCAGAUUCGACGACGCGCGAGUCUUGUCCGUUCCUGCCAAGCGGGUGCUACAGGAGCAGGCGUAUCUGCUGCUGUACCAGCGGGAGGGAGGGAAGCACUGAGUGAGGGUGAUUGAGUCGAAAUAGAGCUAUUGGGUGCUACACAGGCCAGGAUGCUACAGGGCAGGGUGCUACAGGGCAGGGUGCCACCUUGCAGAAUGCUACAGGAGCAGGCGUAUCUGCUGUUUAGGGUUUAGGGAGGGAAGCACUGAGUGAGGUAGAGAUAUGUGAGGUGCUUCAGGACUGUUGUUGCUGAAGGGCUGGGUCCUACAAGAGGGUGCUGCAUGGAGGUACAGUUGAAAGGAUGGAGGAUGCUACAGGAGCAGGCUUUUCUGCUGCUGCACCACAGGGAGGGAGGGAGACACUUGAUAAAAACAUGCCUGAGAGGUGGGAUUAGUAGGGUAUUUUUUAGAAUUCUCAAAAAUAUCCUGAUGCACAAGAGGAAUAUCUGGUGUGCUAAUCAGCCAGAGGACAUGUAUGCAUAGAAAGCAGUUGGCCGAGGUAUUGCUGUGGACAUGCAUGCGCGCUACAAUGAUCAU